AUGUUGCUUCAAAAUUCUCCUAAUCUAAAAGUUCUUCUCAUCGACAAGACAUUCCUUCAACUUGCGGAGGAGUUGCCACUUUCAUGGAACCAACCAAGUUCUGUUCCCGGAUGUUUGUCAACCCAUCUCGAGAUAUUUGAGUGGAGAGAAUAUGAAGGAAGAAACGAAGAGAGAGAAUUCAUAAACUACAUCUUUGCGAACUCAGAGUGUUUAAAGAGAGCUGGAUUCUCUUUGAAAUCAACCAGCAACCAUAAAGAUAGAAAGAAGAUGAAAGAUUUGGAGUCUAUGUAUAGGGUUUCAGCAUCAUCCCAGCUUCUCUUCUCCACUCAUGUAGAAUAUAUGAGUGUUUCAGAUGAACUGAGGGCCUGA